CACCACUGCACCAAAGCGCUAACCAGCCUGAGGAAAAUUGCCAACUACCCGCAACAAGAGCUCCUUCAGAGCGCUCCUUCAACCCCUCAAUUUGAUGUCUUAAAUCAGGCUCUCUGGCGUUACCCCCUGGAAUGGGAGCUGCUGUCCAAGGAGGAUGUCGCGGACGUGCUCGAUGGGCAAAGCACCGGUGGACUAGGGCCCAGGGCACACACGUGGCUGGCUUCCUUCACCUACGUCCUUGAACUGGACGCGCUCUGCAUCGCCACACGUGGCGGUGCCAUUGCGCUGCUGCACGUGGGGGAUGGCUCCACGAGGUACCUAGAGCAGGUCGGCGACAUCGACGGCGGUGUGGCAUGUCUGGAGUGGAGCCCUGAUGGGGAGCUGCUCGCCAUCCUCAGUGGUACGGGCAACCUGCUGGUCAUGAACCAGGCUUGGGAGCUGCUGUCCGAGGGACCAGCGCUGGGGCCGUCCGCAGCGGAGGCAACCGCAGCCGCGUACGGCGAGAACAGCAGCCUCUUCCAGGACGCCCUGCUCAGCUGGCGCGGCGACGGCAAGUUCUUUGCGGUCGUGUGCCGCGACCCGACGGUGGCAGUGGUGCCAGGAUCGGUGGCCUUGCCGCCGUACCGAAUACGGAUCUGGGAUCGCGGUACACUGGAGCUGCAUGCGGCUGGCGAGCCUGCAGAUGGCAUUAUACCCCUACCUGCUUGGCAGCCCAACGGCCGGCACCUGUACGUCCCCGCGCUGGCGACAGGGGCCAUGCCCUCGGGGACAAGUGGCGCCAGUGACGGAGGUGCAGUGCCAUCGAUUCUGCUGUACGAGCGCAACGGCUUGCGUCACGGCGGCUUCAACCUGCCAAGCAAGGCUCCUGUGCGGCGCCUGGCUUGGAGCUGCGACUCGGAGCUGCUGGCGGUUGUCACGGCACCGGACCCUGAGGGACCCAACGAGUGGUCGGUGCAGUUGUGGCACCGCAGCAACUGGCACUGGUACCUGAAGCACGAGCGGAGGUACGUCCACAGCGUGGGGGGUGGCGCCGCGGCGGACCUGGGCCCUCAGCUCCGCUGGGACGAGCAACACGGCGGUGUGCUGCAUGUGCUGACACCCGGCGGCGUGUACGAGACCGUGGGCGUGGCGUGGGACACGUGCGUUUCGGAGCGGGGCACGGCAGUGGUAGUGGACGGGCGGGGCCUGCUGCUGACGCCGCUGCGGCACGGCCUGGUGCCUCCGCCCAUGUGCGCGGCAAGGGUGGACCUUCCGGAGGCGGCUGUGGAUGUGGCCAUUGCGGCGCUGCCUGCUCCCCGGGCCCCGUCAGCCUCCACCGCGUCCUCCUCGUCCUGUUGGGAGGAUCACGACGAGGUGGUGGCCGCCCUGACAUCCAGUGGCCGCCUGCUGCUGGCCAGGAGCGUGGAGGAGGACCUGUGGCAGGAGACGCUCGAGGAUCAGGAGGCGUUGCUGGCUGAGGGGUAUAAGGGAAGCCCAGGAGUGGGAGGGGGAGGGAGAAGCGGUGGCGCCCCCGCAGCACUGCUGCCUGCGGCGCCAGUCCUCGACGUACCUCUCGCCGGUGGCCGCCGUGCACGUGCCGUUUGCUGGAUGUACGGUAGCUCGUCCCUGCUCGUCCUGGCAUCGCCGUACCCGGAGCCCGGUCUGGAGGACGGCGCGGGUGACGUGCUGGUGCAGGUAGACGUGGAGUGGGUGUCGUCCGGCCCAGCUGACCCAACUGACCCGCGGGUCAGUCCGGAGGUCCGGUUGACGGAGCACGUGCCCGUAUACGCCGGCGCCCGGGUGCUGCGCUUGGCGCCACACACAGCCGGCGGCGUAGCGGUGCAGCUGGCGCGGGGCGCAGUGGCGCGAUUCACGAGGGGUGCCGCCGCGCUCGUGUCCUGCGGGCCGGCAGCGGCGUUCAAGAUGCCCUGCCCCAUCGUGCGCUCCACACCUGCACUCCUGAGGAGCGCAGGAUCCAGCGCCGAGGAGCAGCUGCUACCCCCGCUGGUGGGUCUCAGCCGCACCGGGAUGCUGUGCUGGGGCAGCGCCGUCAUCGCAACGGCAGACGUCACAUCCGUCGCUGUAAGGGCUCGUGGGCCCGGCGGCCCCGCGCUGCUGUACACGACGCGCAAGAACCUGAUGUACACUGUGCUGAUGAGUCAGCUGGCGUCGUACACGCACCGGGAACUCACCGCCGACCCCCACGGCUUCCGCUCCCAUAGCACCAGGGUCAAGCCUCUGGCAGUCCGCAGCUCUCAUGCGGCAACGCGCGAGGGUGAGAUGCGGGCGGCCAUGCACGCGGCCAUGUUCCCGGAUGCCGCCACCGCCGCCUCCAGGGAUGUGGCUGUGAGAGCUGUGGAGGCGGGCGCCAUGCUGGUCGCCUGCCCCUCCACCACUACGGAUCCAGAACCAGGGUCAGGAUCCGGGCCGGCGGCCUCCACACGGCCUGCAGACGUGGUGCCCUUGCCGGUUGUGGUGCUGCAGAUGCCGCGGGGCAACCUGGAGGGGGUGUCCCCCAGGGCCCUGGUGCUGGCGGCCCUGGUUGGGGCUCUGAGGCGGAGGGACUUCGCGGAGGCGUGGAGGCUGGCCAGCGUGCAGCGAGUGGACCUCAACCUGCUGGUGCGGGUGGACUACGGGUGGCCCUCCUUCCUGACCGCUGCCGGGGCCUUUGUGGCCGCAGUGGCUCGCCCCGCGGACCUGUGCGACCUGCUGUUUGCGCUGCGGGCCGGCAGUGCGCUGGCGGAGGGGGGCGCGUAUGCGGGGGCGCUGGCAUGGCUGGGGGAGGAAGUCUCCAAGAACCCCGCAGGGGCGGCGCAAGAGCGGCAACAACAACAACAUCGGCAGCAGCCGCAGCGACGCGGUGCCGUGGCCAAGGGCGGUGAGGAGCCCAGUGCCAGCGGCCGCGCUGAGGAGGGCAGCGGUGGCAAGGUUACGGCUGUGUGUAGGGCUGUUCGCGACGCGGUGCUGGGACUGCCGGAUGCGCACAAGUACCUCGAGGUGGUGGUUACGUCGUAUGCCAGGAGCGACCCGCCCCAGUUAGAGGACGCCAUGCGUUGCAUCCGGGACGCUAAGGAGCGGGAGUUACGACCGCCCGCGCCAGGGACUAUCGUGUCAAAUGGACAUAACGUGACAGCGCCACCGCAGCCGCCGGGACACAGCGGGCCCGCAGAUAAGGCCCUGAAGCACCUGCUGUUGUAUGUUGAUGCUGAUGAGCUGUACAACACUGCGCUUCGGAUGUACGACAUGCCGCUGGCUUACAUGGUCGUCGUAAAUGCCCAGAAAGACCCGGGCGAGUACCUGUCAGAGCUGCAGCGCUUCGGUGCGCUCAGCCCCCCGGCCCUGCAGCGCCACGCGGUGGACAUGUCGCUGCGGCGGUACCCCUCCGCGCUGCGGCACCUGGUGGAGGCGGGGCCGCAGCACUUCGAACAGGCGCUUCAACUCGCCCGCGAGCGGGGCUUGCUGCGCCAACUGCUUCAGCUGUAUGAAAACGACACUGACCACAGGCCUGCCGUACUUGAGGCGUACGGCGAGCAUCUUGAGGCAUUGAAGCGUUACGAAGACGCGGCGGUGUCGUACCUGUCGGCAGGGAGGCUUGACAAGGCGCUCCGGGCAUACCGCACAGCCGGUCGUUGGCGCAUGGUGUUCGUGGUAGCGGGCCAGCUGGAGUACGACGAGGCUGCCGUGCAGUCUUUGGCGGCAGAGGUGGCGGAGGAACUUGUGGCUGGUGGUCAGGGUGCUGAUGCCGCGGCCGUAUUGCUGUCGUACCUGGGUGAUGUGGACAACGCCGUGCGGACGUACACUCAGGCGAGGGAGUGGAGGGAGGCGAUGCGGGUGUCGUACGCUCAUGGCCGGUCGGACCUUGUGGAGACGGUGGUGAUGCCGGCGGCGGCGGAGGGGGCGGCGGCGCUGCUCACAGACGCGCGUGAGUCGACGGAGCGCAUCCGCAAGUACGCCCAGCGCCUGGCGGAUGUUCGGGCGAGGCGGCUGGCGCUCACUGCGGCUGUCACGGCGGCAGACGAGGAUGGUGCGGCGCACGGACUGCCGGAUGAUCUACAGUCCGAUGUGGUCUCGCUGGUAUCGGGACUGUCCAUCUACACGGACGCGACGGGCAGACCCGGACUCACCACCUCCGGAACGAGUUCCGCCUCGUCCCGUGCGCCCUCCACUGUGGGAGGGCGUCAGGCACAUAAACAGGAGAAGAAAUUGAAAAAGGCCGGCAACCGCAUCCGUCAGGGCUCCCCUAUGGAGGAGGCCAGCCUGGUGUCACACGUGCACGGCCUGGCGCCGCGUGCGGCAAUUCUUGAGGAGGCGGGUCAGCUGGGCGAGCUGAUGGUUCUACUUGGGCACCAGGAGGAUGCGCGGACACUGCAACGUGCUGUGGCAGCCUGGCAGGCGGCCUAUCAGGAAGCGCGGAAAAACAUGGCAGCAAACCCGGUUCCCGUGGACGGGCCGCCGCAUGCACGCGCAGAGAUGGAGCGCCUGCUUCAGCCUGCCCCCGACACAUCAAAUUUGGCCUGGAAGUGGGAGGUGCUGCGAGAUUUUGCUUAA